AUGGCAGAUAAAGGACUUCUCACAGGAGAGCUGCAGCAGCGAUAUUAUAGAUACAAAAGAUUGCUAGAAGAAAAUAAUUUUAGUAUGCCCACAAAAAAGAUCAUGUUUGGGGUAAGGAUGACAGUCAUGGUUUCUCUUGUAAUUUUUUCAAUCUCUAAUGCAGUGACAGGCAUGGCAGUGCAGAAAACCGAAACUGAAUGCAUAUGGGAUGGCUUCUUCGUCGCCACUCAGCCACUUAAUAAAUAUUUCGAAGAAAAUGAAGGCAUUAAGCAUGGGAUGAUGAUUUUGUCAUCAGCCUUGAUUGACUCCAUUCUAUUCAUUUUCACAAUCCGGUACAUCUUGUGGGGCAAAUCCUGGAGGCCCUUGAUAUGAUUUGUGUCGUUCUAUUUGACUAGAACACUAAUUAUAAUUAAAUAUGUCGGCUUCGUCUAGGUAUGGCCUCCUGGCCAUACAGCCUCGACACAUAUUUAUUAUAUCCGGCAAGGUUUUUCUAGCCUUGAAAUGGGCAGCAAUGCUAUGGUAACCAAUUCUGCAGGUCGUAGAGCCUAGCCCAAGCCCAACUUCGAGACUAGUUUUUUUACCUCGAGGAAAAGGAGGGUUCAGAUUUGGAAAGGGCAAGCCCAGCAGAGUCUACAGGGGAACCUAGAACAAUCGGGCGACUGCCUAGCGUGAAAUUGGGCGUUACGUCCCCAGGAUCUGGACUUAACCCUUUUUGCCGAUAGGCUACCAGAAAUUCCAUUUUUUUGAAUUUCGGAAUGCUAACCUCGUACUCCACUGCCUCAGGAGGCCGCACAAACCCGUAGCCUGCCCACUCAACACUGGAGUUUUUUUUUACAAGAAGGAAGGAGGAGGCCGGACGGAAGGAAGGUCGCAAAGCGGGUGAAUCCCCUAGGGAUCCUCGGCGAUUGCGUUAAAAUUAAGGGCACGAGCCCGUCUAUCUAAUAAGAUAAGACUAGAACACUAAUUCAGAGUGUAUUUAUAAUGAAAUUCCCUGAUGAUAAUUUGUGGGACUAUCCAGGAAUCCCGUCUAUAACGGUAACAUAUCUUCGAACAACUGAUUUUUUCUAUUCAGGGCAUGUAGGGGUCAUGGUAUUCUGUGCGUUGGAGAACAGACAUGAAGGAAAUCGUCUAUUAAUGUAUUUGUCGACUUUUACAGCAUUUUUUGAAUUUUUUGUGCUAUUAGUACUUAGGGCACACUAUGCAGUUGACAUGUUCGCAGGGAUAGUUUUUGCUCACUAUUUUUGGAUUAUUUCAGGAUGGGUUUCUCCUUAUCUUGAUCGAUGGGGCGGGUACAAAGAUUCUCAAGCCGAUUAUAAUAAAUUACAGUUAUAG